AGGAGAGAGGAGAGAGAGAGAGAGAGAGGGGGAAAUCCAAAUCACAGCCACAUUAUCAUCAUCAUCUGCAGACAACAGCUGGUUUGCAAAUUGCAAAUGGAGAGGAGGAUGGGGUUUUGAGGCUUUGUUUUUGUGUUGUGUGGGUCCUUUGCCCUUUUUUUUUUUUUUUCUCUAAUUAUAAUUUAAUGGCAACUCUCUCCUUUUGCUCUCUGUAAAUUGACAGCUUAAUCAACAGCCUGGAAAGAGCUGUUGCAGUUUGCGGCUGCUGCUGCUGCUGCCGCUUCUGCUUCAAAAUGGUGAGUUAUUUCAGUUAUGGCGUUGGCGUAAAUGCAUUUUGCAUCUGAAGCCUUCGCUGGAUUCACUGAGCUUCGUUCCGUGACGUGACGUGAGGUUUAUCUAUUUCGGCGGAAUCGAAGCAGGAAAUUAAGUGUUGGUGUGGUUCGUUUGAGAUUUAGAAUUUUCAAUUUCGGCGUCCUCCCGAUCCAUCGCUGGAUUUAGAAACUUUUCCUUUUUGAGUUGAACCUAAUUUGAAGUGGAUUCGGCGCUUCUGUUGCUUGGGAAGCCAUGGAUGGGAAGAGAUGGAGAAGAAGUGUAGUUGUAGCCCUAAUUGUGCUUGGAUUCAUCUCCAGUUUUGUAUCUCAUGCUGCAUUUACUCCUGCUGAUAACUAUCUGAUUGCCUGUGGAUCUCCACACAAUGUAACAUUCCUUGGCCAGACUUACAUUCCUGAUUCAAUUCAACCCUCAGUCUCUUUCAAAAGCCAGCUGGGGAAUUCCUUCUCUGCUACCUCAAAUUCCUCCACACCACUUGCUGUUCAUCACUCUGCUAGAAUAUUCACAAGCACGACAUCCUACAGAUUCGACAUCAAGCAACAAGGGCGGCAUUGGGUUCGCCUUCAUCUCUAUCCUCUCCCGCGCCACAAUCUGACUUCGGCGUCAUUUACAGUUGUUACAGAGGAUUUUGUUCUUCUACAUAACUUCAGUUUCAGCUCUAACAAUGGUUCUUACCUCUUCAAGGAGUAUGCAGUGAAUGUCACCGCCAAUAGCUUGUCGGUCACCUUCAUUCCCGGGAACGGUUCUGUUGCUUUCAUCAAUGCUAUUGAAGUUGUGUCUGUCCCGGACUUCUUGAUUCCCGAUCAGGCGGUGUCAGUCUCCCCGACUGGACAUUUCAACGGUAUUUCUCUGCUGGCAUUAGAAACUGUUUAUCGGUUGAAUAUGGGCGGUCCUCUUGUCACGGCGCAGAAUGAUACAUUGGGAAGAACUUGGGAGAAUGACAUUGUUUAUCUUCAUGUGAACAGCUCUGCAGAGAAUGUUUCAGUCGAUCCUAUGAAUAUAAAGUACAUGAACAAUGUAUCGCCGGAAAUAGCGCCCAACUAUGUUUACGCUACUGCUGAAAACAUGGGCGAAGCAAAUGUUGUCAACGGAAACUUCAACAUGACUUGGGUCUUCCCGGUUGAUCCGAGCUUCUUAUAUUUCAUCAGAGUUCAUUUCUGCGACAUUGUGAGCAAAUCUUUGAACAGCUUGAUAUUCAAUGUGUAUAUCAACACAGACAUUGCCCUUGGAAGCCUGGAUCUAUCGAAUCAAGCAGGUAUCUUGGACGUCCCGGUGUAUUGGGAUUUUGUGGCCAGAGCCUCGGCUGAUUCGAACACACUGACUGUCAGUGUAGGUCCCGAUACAACCACGGAUGACAGCAACGCUAUCUUGAAUGGGCUCGAGAUAAUGAAACUGAGCAAUGAUGCUAGAAGCUUGGGCGGGCUUUCGUCUGUGGAUGCUCUCCUCGUGUUGCCUCCGAAGAAGCAGAAAACGGCAAUCAUAAUUGGAUGUGCCACCGGUGCCUUUGGUGUAUUGUUGUUUAUCGGUCUGUGUUACUUCUGUGUGGUAGCUCGAAGAUCUAAGGAUGCUCCGCCAGGCAUCCCAUGGCUGCCGCUGCCGUUAUACUCUCUGACGGUUACAAAAAUGUCGACUACUUCCCAAAAGAGUGGCACUGCUAGCGGCAUCUCACUGGCGUCCGCCAACCUCGGCCGGUUCUUCACAUUUCAAGAAAUUAUGGAUGCGACAAAUAAGUUUGACGAGAGCUUGCUUCUUGGCGUCGGUGGCUUUGGUCGGGUCUACAAAGGAACCGUCGAAGACGGGACUCGAGUGGCAGUCAAGAGAGGGAAUCCGAGGUCGGAGCAAGGCCUCGCAGAAUUCAGAACCGAAAUCGAAAUGCUGUCCAAGCUUCGACACCGUCACUUGGUCUCUCUCAUUGGCUAUUGCGACGAACGGUCGGAGAUGAUCCUCGUCUAUGAAUACAUGGCUAACGGUCCUCUCCGCAGCCAUCUCUAUGGGACGGAACUCCCACCUCUGCCAUGGAAACAGCGUCUCGAGAUCUGCAUCGGCGCUGCCCGGGGGCUGCAUUACCUCCACACCGGGGCAGCCCAAAGUAUCAUCCAUCGUGACGUAAAGACUACGAACAUUCUUCUCGACGAAAACUUUGUUGCCAAGGUCGCUGAUUUCGGCCUAUCCAAAACCGGGCCGUCACUCGAUCAGACUCACGUGAGCACCGCCGUAAAGGGCAGCUUCGGGUACCUUGACCCCGAGUACUUCCGGCGGCAACAGCUCACGGAGAAAUCCGACGUCUACUCGUUUGGGGUAGUCCUCAUGGAGGUGCUGUGUACGCGUCCCGCCCUGAACCCCGUCCUUCCUCGCGAGCAAGUCAACAUUGCCGAGUGGGCGAUGAUGUGGCAGAAGAAGGCGAUGCUGGAUCAGAUCAUGGACAAGAACCUCGUCGGGAAGGUGAACCCGGCUUCGUUAAAGAAGUUCGGGGAGACGGCGGAGAAGUGCCUGGCAGAACACGGCGUCGAUAGGCCGUCAAUGGGAGAUGUUCUGUGGAACUUGGAAUACGCUCUUCAAUUGGAGGAAACGUCAUCAGCUCUCUUGGAGCCGGACGACAACAGCACGAAUCACAUCCCCGGCAUCCCUCUGACUCCGUUCGACAACAGCGUGAGCAUGAUCGAUGGCGGCGCGCAUUCUGCGACGGAUGACGACGGGGAGGAUGCGGCGACCAGCGCCGUUUUCUCACAGCUAGUGAAUCCGAGGGGGAGGUAAUGUAAGAUGGAAGUUAGAUUAAGUGAAGGGGAUGAAAUACAAACCACACCAUAGCAGAUGCAGCUGCUGAUGAAGUUUUGGUUUUUAAUUGAUACAAAAUUAUUGAUUGAUUCUCCAUGAAAGAAGAAAGGAAGCAAAAGCAAGAGAGGAGGUAUGUAUUUAUGUAUUUAUUUAUGGUAUUGAUUUGCAUUCAUUUUGCAUUGCAGUCUGCCAAUUUCUUCUAAUAUGAAGAUGAAUAGGAAGAUGAUGAUUCUUUUCCUAAGUAUGCUGCUGUGUUGAUCAUUAUGAUAAUAAGAAUGUAAUGAUCCAUCCUAAAAUUAUUGUUUAUAUGUUGAUAACUAAAGAUUUGAUUUGAUGCCUGUCUCUAUGUUAGUGCC